AUGUACUGGCCAAAUGGAGUCCCUAGAGUCUAUGCGGUCAAUGGCCCCGGAAUUCAAUUACAGGAAGUCCAUGAUGAUGCGGACAGCGAUGCUAACAAGCCCAAGGAGAGAGAGGAACAGGGCUCCAGUGUGGAGCACACCAGGGCAACAACCGAGAGCAGCAUAGGCAGCAGAGAAUCCUGGCCAGAUGAACCCGUAACUGGGCUUUGUGUUUCCCGUACCGGACACUUAUUUGCCACGAUGACGAAGUCCACCAUUGCAAUUUGGCAAACUAGACCGACAGCUGUGGUAGCCGCGGUCAAGCGCUCCGAAAUUUCAUUAGAAAGUUACGGCCCGAAUGCUGCCAUACUUCUGCGUCCGGACUCUGCCAUUGUCGUUGUACAGACGCUCCAUGGAUAUCUCAUCACUUAUUCCAUUGCGACAGAUGCUAAUUCACAUGUGUACCAACAACGGUUCUCCUCCCAUUCCAACCCACAUCGCCACCACUUUAGUCGCCAUUUUGUUACGGAAGAAACAAAUACCAUUCGGGAGGUUAGCUUUCGUUUCAGGGUUGUCAUAAAGGUUGAUGCAGGAAUUAGCAAAGCUCUGGCGCUGGACAAUGAGCUGAUGGUGGCGACGGUGAAACCAGCUGCUAUCCAGUUAAUUCGGUGGACUCCUGAUAAAACUGGGAAUCAAACGAGCACAGAGCUUUUAAGCCGGAUCCCAUUUAUUUCUAAGAAGUCUCCAAUUGUGGAUAUGGUCUACGACCGUGCUAUGAACCUUUUUCUGUGGAUCACGAGUGACGGACAAACGUAUGCUGUGCAACGCCUCAGGGAUGAAGAAGAACAUUCAGCCGAGUCAAAGACCCGGUUCAGGGGUCAUAGGUUCCAUACUCCUGAAAAUGACGGACAAAAGGCUCUUCACGUGGCUGUGAAUGCGAGAUUUUCUCUACUCGCAGUGGCCUGUAAAAAUGGCGAGGUGUUUGUUUACGUAGCGAAAGAUUAUAUGGGAAACAUACCGCUUUCGCAUAAGCUCGAGCUACCCGCAUCACCAGCGUCUAUGGGUCCUACAUCAUUUAUGAGCUAUUCUCCUGAUGGGUAUUGCAUUUUCGCAGGAUAUGAGUCUGGAUGGGCCACAUGGAGUGUGUUUGGUAAACCCGGCGGAACUAGCUUUACUACCGACCGUGAGCUAGCCACCAAAAAUGGCGAGGCUUGGCUGACUGGAGUUUCUAUGGGUUGUUGGAUUGGUGGUGGCUCAUACAUCAUCCUGAUAGCACCAGAUACUAGCCGUAUCUGGAUGUUUGAAACAGCCCGUAGUGCUCUGACUGGAUGCUUCUCCUCGGCGAACAUGGCGAGAGCGUUAUUGCAAACGGGGACGGAAAUCAUUUUGUAUCGUGGCCACGACUUACCAGAUCUCACUACUAUAUCGGGUAAAGAUUACCUCUGGCAUCAUGCGCAGUAUCCCCCUGCUUACCUCCAUGCUCAAUGGCCAAUCCGGUCUUGUAUUGUUUCUCAAGAUGGCCGAUAUGUGGCCAUUGCUGGCAGAAGAGGGUUGGCUCAUUAUAGUGUUCAGAGUGGGAGAUGGAAAACAUUCGAUGACUUGAAAGCUGAAGAUUCUUUUGCUGUUCAAGGCGGGAUGUGUUGGUAUGGACAUAUCUUAAUCGCUGCUGUUGAAUGUGAUAAUUCCUACGAAUUACGGCUAUACUCUCGUGAGCUUUCCCUUAGCAGUUCUUCUGUGCUAUAUACCGAAACUCUUCCUGCUCCUGCGGUAUUUAUUGGACCCUCAGGAGAAGACUCGCUCCUGGUUUACACGUAUGACAAUAUAUUAUAUCACUACGUGAUAAAUGCCACUCAAACGAAAAUCAGCCUUGUUCAGGUUGGCCAGAUAGCCUUUCAUGGCAUCGUUAGAGCGCCAACGCGAGUUCGUGCUAUCAGCUGGGUAUUGCCCGACAACCAGCUUCGAGACGGCGACCCCUCCCAGGACGUAUCUGUCGCAUCAGUUUUGUUCCUCGUUGACGGAAAACUUGUAUUGCUACAACCAUCAGUUUCAGAGGAGGGCGAUUUAAAAUAUGACAUGCGCAUUGUUGCUCAUGAUGUGGAGUACUACAUUUUAAUGCGUGAUCAGCUAUCUUUCAACUUCGCUCCACCCUCCGACGAACCAACCACUCCGGCAGUGGGAACCCCAGUUAACGUUUCCCAGACUGACAUAUCCCUAAGAGAUUCUUUGUGGAUUUUUUGUGGUCAAGAUUUACUCGUAUGGGGUGACGUACAGGAUGUUCUUCGUCCAGUCAAAGGUUCUCCAAAUGAGACAGUAAAGCCCCUACCGAUACCGGUUGACUUUUACCCAUUGUCUAUACUUCUUAAUAAAGGUGUUGUACUUGGGGCAGAGCCUGAAAUGAUUCAGAGACGAGAUGCCACGUUUUCCCUCCUUCGAUUUGCAAUUAGAACACAACUGUUCCUACCAUACCUCCUCCAGCACAAUCUAAGUCAGCUUGACACAUCAGCGGCGCUUUCCCUCUGUCAUCAUUAUUCGCAUUUAUCCUAUUUUCCUCACGCGUUAGAAAUACUAUUACACCAUGUGCUAGAUGAUGAAGUAGACAAUCAAGAUCACGAAGCCCAGCAGUCUAGUGCACCAAGUCGCCAGAUGUUGCCUGCUGUGCUUUCCUUCUUGCAGUCCGCUAUUCCAACCGAUGUUUAUCUGGAAAUUCUGGUCCAGUGUACCAGAAAAACAGAACUUCGAUCAUGGCGUACCCUGUUUGCUUACCUUCCUCCUCCAAAGGAACUAUUCGAACAAGCCCUCCGACUAAACUCUCUGAAGACAGCCGGUGGCUAUUUAUUAGUGCUUCAAGCGUUUGAUGAGAAAAAGGAUGGAGAUGCAGAGGGGAUCGAAGAUUCUGUCGUACGCCUUCUCAAACUAGCUUCACAGAGAGGCGACUGGGAGCUCUGCGGGGAGCUAGCCCGUUUCCUAAUUGCCUUAGACGGAUCCGGGCAGACGCUCCAGCGUGCAGUUGUUAAGGUUGGAUUGAGAAAGGAAAAUCAGUCGUCGUCAGACGCUUUAGACGUGAGCCAUGUCGAUCGCCGGCCGACACCCUCAACUAGAACUUUGGGGCUGGCCAUCAAUCUACCCGAUGAAGACUCCACGACAAAGGAGGAAGGUAAACGGUGUUCCUUCACCACCUAGUCUGUCUCACACAUCAUCAACUCCUUCGCCGUUUGCCCCACAUCCAUCCGAAACCCAUCGGAUGCUACUGAUGAAGACAAGGCGGUGCUGAGGCAGCCUUGGGUCAUUAUCAUUAGCCCCAACUUGCGAUUAUGCCUAAUAUGCGUGCAUUCUUAUGGUUAUGGCCCUUCGUGCAUUGAGCAUUCCACUAUUUAUGAUCUCUCCCUUUUCAUUUUAUUGCUGAUAUAUACAUACACAUUGUUUUCAAAUAUUUCGGCUUCGUGUAUUCCUAGCUAUAUGGAUCUGAAGUUUAUUUAUUGUCCUGCUGUACCAUGGGCAGGCGGUUCUUCACAGGUUAAUCGGAAGGCUCUCUUUUUGGUCAUUAUAAUCCUCAUACCCAGCUCCUGUAUAUACAAAUUGCUACUUCUAUCCUUAUAUAUAUAAAAUGGCAGAUGUGAUAUCCCAAUGCUG